CCCCGCCCCCUGCCGGUGCUCCUCAGGUGAUGCCUGAACCUCUGGUCGCCAUAGUUACCGGGCGCGGAGGGCUCCGCAGUGUCACCGCUGUCUCCCGGUUUCUAUAGUAACGGGCCGGUGUCGGGUUCCGGUUCCUUCCAUGGAGCGUGAGCUGGAGAUCCGGCGGAGGCUGCGGGAGGCCGGGCAGGAGCAGCUGCUGCGGUUCUGGGAUGAGCUGGGCUCCGGGGAGCGGGACUCUCUGCUGGGGGAGCUGGAGCUGCUGGACGCCCGGGAGCUCCGGGAACACUGCGGCCGGGCACAGGAAGCCUACGAGCGGGAGAGCGGCGCCCCCCAGCGGCUGGACCACAGGAUGCGCCCCGUGCCCCCCGAGUUCCUGGGCAGCGUCCGGAGGAGCCGCCCGGAGGAGCUGAGAGCCUGGGAGGAGGAGGGUUAUCGCCAGAUCUCACAGAACAAGGUGGCGGUGCUGCUUCUGGCCGGGGGUCAGGGCACCCGUCUGGGGGUGACAUACCCCAAAGGGAUGUACAGCGUGGGGCUGCCCAGCGGGAAGACACUGUACCAGAUCCAGGCCGAGCGGAUCCUGCGUUUGCAGCAGUUGGCUGGAGAGAAAUACUCGACGCGGUGCACCGUGCCAUGGUACAUCAUGACCAGCGAGUUCACCCUGAGCCCCACACUGAAGUUUUUCGAGGAUCAUAACUUCUUCGGCAUUGACCGGCCGGACGUCGUCCUGUUCGAGCAGAGGAUGCUGCCUGCCGUUGGCUUCGAUGGCCUCGCCAUUUUGGAGAGGAAAGACAAGGUCGCUAUGGCUCCAGACGGUAACGGGGGCCUGUACAGAGCCCUGGCUGACAACCAUAUAUUGGAAGACAUGGAGGCACGAGGCAUCUCUUAUAUACACGUGUACUGUGUGGACAAUAUACUGGUGAAGAUGGCCGAUCCCGUGUUCGUGGGCUUCUGUGUUACCAAAGGAGCUGAUUGCGGGGCCAAGGUGGUGGAGAAGUCUUAUCCAUUGGAGCCAGUGGGGGUUGUUUGCCAGGUCGAUGGCAUUUACCAGGUUGUAGAGUACAGCGAGAUCAGCCAAGACACCGCAGAGAAGCGCGACGCCGAUGGCAGCUUGACCUACAACGCCGGCAACAUCUGCAAUCACUUCUUCACCCUGGACUUCCUGAAAAACGUGGCGGGGACUUCAGAGCAGCAGCUAGGGUACCACGUAGCCAUCAAAAAAGUCCCAUAUGUGGAUGAAGAGGGCAACCUGGCGAAGCCGGUGCGGGCGAACGGAAUCAAGAUGGAGAAGUUUGUGUUUGACGUCUUCCAGUUCGCCAAGAAUUUUGUGGCAUUUGAAGUCGUGAGGGAAGAAGAAUUCUCCCCAUUAAAAAACGCAGAUACGGCUGAUAAGGACACCCCGACUACAGCCAGACGCGCCCUCCUGUGGCAGCACUACCGCUGGGCUCUGAAGGCCGGGGCUAAAUUCACCAAUGCCAGUGGACGGGCCAUAGCUGAGAAGUCUGGUGUUCCAGAAGCCGAGGACCCCUCUGCAGUCUGUGAGAUUUCACCUUUAAUCUCCUAUUUUGGGGAGGGAUUAGAUUUGCAUCUGAAUAACAAGGUCCUCUCCUCGCCCUUCAUACUGGACGCUCAGAGGGUGUAGAAGGGAGCGACAGUCCGAUCCUUGUAUGGAGGAGCCGUGAAUGACCUCUCCAGACCACAACGUGCCUUAUAAUCUGUCGCCACCGCGCGGCCCAGGAGGACUGGGAAUCACUGCCUUGUGUAUCAGCAAUAUUCUACGAAAGCUUAAACCAAACAUGGAGGCUACAUCCGUUCAGUACGGACAUCAGCCGCAUAAGUGCCAACACAAUCAGUGGCUCAUCUGAAUACUGUAGCGUUGUAUUGCUGUCACCCGGAUAUUAGUAAGAGGUAGCUUUGGUGUUUCAAAAAAACAACUUUUUACAUAUCCUGGAGACAUGUCAAAAGUUUAGAUCUGUCAGGGUCUGAGAGUUCAGACUCCGACCAAUCACUAGAACAAGCCGGAAAAGAAUUGUAGGGCUUAGCCUCUCCCUGCUCUCUGUGCAGCAGCUGAGACAAUCCCAUAGACUUAUUGGAAGUUUGUCUUGGUCACAUGGCUCAGAGCACGCGUUCAGGGCGCUCUUCUCCUGGAUACUUCUAGUGAUUGGGCGGGGUCUAAACAUUCAGACCCCGACUGAUCAAAACUUUUGACAUAUCUCUGCAACAGGUCAAAAGUUUUUUAAAGGGGUACUCCCCUGGGCCAUUGUUUGAGACCACUGAUACAGAUGGAGGGGAUAAACCCAGAGAUGUCACUUAAAUGGGCACUGAAAUUUUAAAGGAGUACUCCCGUGGCAA